AUGUGGCCUCACAGCACCCCUAGCAUCUUCAAGGAAGUCAGGAACCUCAUCAUAGACAUGGAGACCAGGGCCAAGAUUAUAACUUCUGGUAGCCAAAGCAUCAACAGCUACAUUUUGUUCACUGUAGAUCUUAAUUGCACAACACCAGGAUUCAUGGAUCUUCAUUUUACAGCAGGAAAUGAUGCUGUAGAGAGGGUGAGUUGGAACAGUAGGAGAAGAAGAUUCGAGUUACAGCAGCACUGGAGUGGCAUUCAAUCUCCACAUCGCUGUAGCCAGCGUCCCAUAAACACGUAA